UCUCCCCGCCGUGAGCUGAAUCUGUCCGGGACAGACCAGGGAAGAUGGCGGCGACUGAUCGCUCCCGGUCCGAAGCUGCCAAACAGCGGCGGCAGGACCAGCUGCAGCGCUGGAUAGGCUCCGAGACCGACCGGACGGGACCGGACACGCGUGGGGACACGUCGGGAUGUGCUCCGCGGCGGGCCAAGGUCCGGUUCGCCCAGGGGGCCGUGUUCAUGGCCGCCUGCUCCGCCGGAGACCGGGAGGAGGUGGCGGCGCUGCUCGGACAGGGAGCCGACGUCAACCACGCCAACAUAGACGGGCUGACGGCGCUCCAUCAGGCCUGUAUCGAUGAGAAUGCUGAAAUGGUACAGUUUUUGGUGGAGAAUGGGAGUGAAGUCAACCGGGGGGACAACGAGGGCUGGACUCCUCUCCAUGCAGCUGCCUCCUGCGGCUUCAUCCAGAUCGCCAAGUACUUGAUAGAGCAUGGUGCACAUGUUGGGGCCGUGAACAGUGAAGGAGAGCUUCCUCUGGAUGUGGCCUCUGAGGAUGCUAUGGAGAGACUCCUCAAAGGAGAGAUCAAAAAACAAACCAUAGAUGUGGACAAGGCCCGUAAGGAGGAAGAGAGGAUCAUGCUCCAGGACGCCAUGGGGGUAUUGGCAGGAAGUGGUGCUCUCACGCCUCACCCGAACACCAAGGCCACUGCACUCCAUGUGGCUGCUGCUAAGGGCUACAUUGAAGUUCUGAAGGUGCUGUUGCAGUGCGGGCUGGAUGUGGACAGCAGGGACAUUGACGGGUGGACAGCCCUGCACGCAGCGGCCCACUGGGGACAGGAGGAGGUGUGCACCCUGCUGGCUGACAACAUGUGUGAUAUGGGUGCAGUCAACAAUGUGGGCCAAACACCACUUGAUGUUGCUGAUGAGAACCUGGUGGACACUCUAGAGGAGCUGCAGAAGAAACAGAAUGCUUUGCGCUCCGAGAAAGAGAAACAGACUCCUGUUAUUGAGACCAGCCCAACGAUCUCCGUGGCACCAGUACGCACACGCAGGACCUCAAUCUCUCGUAUGAGCAGCAAGGAGAAGAUCUGCCUCCAUGAGCGGGAGAAGCACCCACCUCCAGCCCUGCAGAGCAGCCCAGCUGAGGAGGAGGAGGACGAAGGCCAGGCGGGACAGACUCAGUCCCGGACACAGGCCAAGGCCUCAAGCAGCUCCAGCUCUGAGGAGGAGAGUGAAUCAGAGAGCGACACAGAGUCAGAGAAAGCCAAAAAUCGAGAACUUAUUAACAACUUGAACAACAAACGCAACAACGCAGCCCUGCUUGCUACCUCCAUGUCAACAAGUACUACAGGAAACCAAGCUAAAAAGGAACUAAGCAAGCCCCCAGCUGUUGAGGCCCCAGGCUCCUGGAGAACCUCCCUGCGGAAGGCAGGCAGCUCAGUGACGCUGGGCUCAGUUGGGGUAUCUGAUUCCAGCCAGGACUCCAGCAAACCUCCAGAGUCUGGCCUUGGUAUGACUCGCUCGGCGUCUAGCCCCCGCCUUAGCUCAGAGCCUGAUAGUAAGGAGCCAAGGCUUGCUCGGGUACCCCCCACUCCAACACGCAGACUUUUCAGUAUUCCAGACAGCAGCACGGACAACUCUAACAGCUGGCUGAGUCGUAGCUCUUCAUACACCCGCCGCCUUCAUAGUCAAUCAGGGAGUGACCUUGCUGGCUCCAACCCCUCCUUGCCUCGCAGCUCAUCUUAUGGAAGGAGACUGGAUGACCCCAACGUGACCUCAGCCACCACAGGGACAAGCUCUAUUGGACUCAGCCGCCUUAAUAAUUUAGUGUCCCAGAGACUAGCUCAGGAACAGACGGAAAAGAAGGAGCAGUCUUUCGUCACCACCUCCAACUCUGGGACUACGACCACAGGUGACUCGGAGACCAAGCAGAGACGCAAGUCUUAUCUGACACCAGUGCGGGAUGAGGAGGCAGAAGCUCAGAGGAAAGCUCGCUCCAGACAUGCUCGCCAGUCCCGCCGUUCCACUCAGGGGGUCACACUGACAGACCUGCAGGAGGCGGAGAAAACAAUGAAGACGGACAAUAAAGGGAGGGAAAACAAAAAGGAGGAGGAGAAGGAAAAAGAGGAAGCAAAACAGAAGAAGGGAGAGGAAGGGGAAGUAAGCUGGCGGUCUCGUAUUGCCAGUCUGCAGAAGUCUGACCUGUUGGGCCUUACGCAGCCAGCUGGCACUAUGCGGCCUCAGAGCGCAGACAGGAGAGAUGCUGAGGCCAGUACAGGGGAGAGUGAGACAGAGCGGUGGGCCAGGGAGAGCAGAGAAAGGAGACGAGCUCGGGCCAGGAGGAGGGCAAUGAGGUCUGGGGAGAGUGAUGACAAUGAUCCCAGUGGAGAGGAAGAGUUUUCAGGCAGCGGGGCGGAUCCACAGGCAGACCAGCACUCAAGCUUCAGAUCUGGUGUGUCCUAUAACGACUGUAUUCAGGGAGUCAGUACUGAGACCCAGGACUAUAAGAAGCUGUUUGAAGACGUUUCCAGGGAGAACAGCCAACUCCAGUCUCAGCUGCAGGACACCCAGAGGAUUGUCAGUCAGACCAGGAUAGACCUGGAGAAAGCCACACAGAGACAGGAGCGCUUCACUGACUGUUCAGCCCUGCUGGAACUGGAGAAGAAGGAGCGGAGAUUGUUGGAGCGCCGCGUUGCAGAGCUGGAAGAGGAGUUGAAGGUCUUGGGUGACUUGAGAGCUGACAACCAGCGUCUUAAAGAUGAAAAUGGAGCACUGAUCCGUGUCAUCAGCAAGCUCUCCAAAUAGCCGAGGAGGAGAGAAAGACGCAAGGAGCAUGCAGGGAACAACACCCCCCCCCUCCUCCUCCCUCCAUCCAUCUGUCUCCUCUCCCUUCCCUCCACACAUUCCUCCCAGUGCCAAAGAGUGAGAGAAUUGGGUGGGUGGGCAGACAAAGGGGGGGACCAGAACGUCACAUAAAUGAGCACCAUAGCUUGAUUGUGAUGAUUCUCUGUAGUGUGGAACAUUUUUGAGAGUGGCUUUUUGUGUGCCUUAAUUCCCAUUUCUCACCAGCCAAUGGCAUCAUCAGUGGCUGUGGCCAUCGGCUCCCACAGGAGCAACAUGAGACUUGACAACAGCCAAACGCCUGGGGGCUUGUGAACGGCAAGGGAAACGAAAAACAAAAAAACUCUGGUUGUGCAUCGUCGGUCCACUAAUAUGCACACAUUUGUGUUCAUUACAUACAGCUGAUGCAUGUUCCACAAGUACCUAUGGCAUCUUGGUCCUCAUAGCUCCCACUUAGUAUUUAUUUUUUUGUGAACACGUCACACCACAUAUUCACAAAUUUACCCCACAAUUUACUAACAAUUGUAGCCCCACUUUAACCUAUCUAGAAAUGCACUAAAGGCUUCGGUGUAGUCUAUUGAAACAACCCUGACUUGCGGUUUUCUCUGAAACUGUGAAAACGGGGUUUUAAGUAAAACCUACUCAUCACUGUCAUUCAUCAAUGAAAAAGUCCCCGACCACACAGGAAGUCCGUGAAACUCUGGGUAAUUUCAUUCCACAUGCAAAUGUUUGAACCCACCUACCUCUCCGCCUAUGCACUUCCCCACAUUUGUUUUUGUGACCACAGACGCACUCCGUGCUCUUAAAAUGACCAUAGAAUCCAGGUCGGUCGACCACAGCACUUUACUAACUAUAAAGCAAUAAUAAAUCCACGAGGCUUUGCCUGCCCUCCAGAUGACUCUUUAGAGCAACACCUUCCCUCCGUGACCUCUGUUUGAGGUACUUAGGGGGGAGAACUUACCCAUAGCUGAAGGUCAAAGGUCAUUGCACAAUAUAGAAAUGGCUGUUCUGUAAAAGCCUACUAUGCUAUGCAUUGUUUAAUUCCCAUUGAUAAAGUUAUUUUCCUAUUUUUUUUUGUCAAUUCCUCUCUUUUGAAGGGAGCAUGGUUUUAUGUACAUUGUAUGUGUAUAAAUAAUGUCAGUCUUGAGUAAUCUUUUCAAAUGAAGUUUCACGUAGUCUUCACAGGUUGGUUUUCUAAUAUAUUAAAUGGAUGACGGCACUCUAAUAAAAAGUGUGUUUG